AUGGCGCUCGCGCUUCAGCGCAUGGCUCUCCAACGCCUCGUACUCAUCCUCGAGCCUCGUAGUUCCAACGGCUACCCCCGGAGUUCCAGUUCCACCAUCGAUAGCGAUUUCGACGUUGACAAGUUCGCGUCCAAAUUGCGCAGCCUCUGCUGGGACGUGAGCGCCACCAAGUGGGUGGUUAAGGAGAUGGAGAUUAGAGGGUGUGCGGUGCCACUUGUUGGUACAAGUGGCGAUGGAGAUGGAGAUGGUGAGGCUACCGAGAAGAAGCAGAAGGAGGAGGAGGAGGAGAGGAGGAGCAAGUGUGAGGGUGCGAUGAAGCGGUAUUUGAAGGGCGCCAUUAUGGCGUUGCCGCGGUUGACCAAAGUCGAGACGCACGACGUCUGGCCAACGAGACUGAUCACCCAAGCCCUCCUCGAAAAAGCGUCCCAAUUCACCUCGCUCACAAUCAACGCCUCGCGUAUCCACCUCCCGUACUUCCUCUCCAACGACCCCGACAGCAACGAAAGCGUCCUCAUGCGCAUCCUCUCAUACAAAUGGGACUUUCCCAAUCUCAAACACCUGAAGGUGAAGCUACCUGAGCCGGGGAGCGCCAGCUCCUCAGGGCCGAUGUUCAGCCGCCGAGGCUCGUACUACGAGGUUCUCCACUCUCAGGCCGCUAAGAUGUCAUAUUUUGUCCCCUGGCUCGCGAAUUUGGUCGGCCAGUGCGCGGGGGAGGUGGAAUGUUUGGAACUGGACGUGCCGAAUCAUGAGGUGCAUCUGGGGACGCUUGUGGGCUGGGGAUGUGGCGAGCGAUUGGAAAGGGUGGUCCUGCGCUCCAAGGGGUGUUCGCGUCUCCCGGAGAAAGGGAGUGGUAGUAGUAGUAGCAGCGGCGGUAGUAGUGUCAGAAGCAAGUUGUUGAAGUUGGAGAGGGAGUUUGGGAGGUUAAGGGAGGUGGAGUUGGAGGAUGAGAAUGAGAAUGAGAAUGGGAGAGGGUAUGGGAGGACGAAGAAGAGGAAGGGGAGGACGCCUUGGGAGGCACUUGAAGAGGCGAAGAUGUGGGUGACUUUGGUUCGCAGUACUCCGGUCAGUGAAGGCCUUUUGGCAUACCUGACUGCACACCCUGGGGCCUUGGAAUCUCUUGCCUUUGUUCACCUUGCCUCAGAACAUACCGAAGAGGAGCAGGACGAUGGAACAGACCGCCUUGCGCAAACAUUCUGGUCGAGUGUUCUUCCUAGGUUUAAGAAGAGUUUGAAGAAGCUGGUGGUGGAGACGCAGUACGAGUGUGGGUGGUGUCUUCGGAACGCUGGAGUGAAGUGCUUGGCGGGUUUCGAGAGCCUCGAGCAUUUGGAGAUUCCGGUGCAUACUGAAGCCGGAGUUCUGCUUGAUGAAGAGGGAGGGUCGGUGUUUAUUAGGACGUUGUUAGACCUCCUAGCAUCUAGCAACCCCUCCUCCCCUGGACCAAUGUCCGUCCUUAAACUGCAGUUCUGCCAGACUCGAUCUUAUUUUUAUUACGUCCCAACUGGACAGAGGAAACGCGAAGCGAAAGCGAAGGAGGCGCUGGAGAAGGGAUUGGAGAGGUAUUCAUGGAGAGUGGAAUCCGGGAAUGCAGUGGGACAGGACUUUGAGCCUUCGCUUCCUUGUAACGUCGGGGUGGGCGCUUGUGAAUUUCAGUUGAAGAGCGAGGUGAAGGAGGGUUCGGGAGAUGUAUGGUGGUCGUAUACCCGAGUUCAAGUGGAAUCCGAUACUGAUAAACCGGCGUAUGGACCAAUUCCUGGUUCACCAGGGCCUGAUUCAGACGAUGAUUCAGUGUCCGAGGAUAGUGUAUAG